GAAGCAUUUUCUUUCACUAACUCCUUCUCAGCAUUCAAAUGAAAGCAGAUUCUUCAAAUGGUUCCUACUAGCCCUGAAAGAAGAGAACAGCCUCUUGGUGGUAUCCAGCUGAAAUAAUUUCAACCAGUAGCAAACCAAAUAUAACUUUGGAUACAAAAACAUGUUCCUUCAGUUAAUUAUGCUACCAGGCCUUGAAAAUGAUAGAAUGAAUGACUGCCUAGAACACAUCAAGUGACCAUGUGACCAGAGCACCCAUGAUGAGCUGGAUUCUGUCAGACUCAACAAACUAGAGAGUGAGAAAAUUUGAGAAGCAAUGUGCCUCCUGAAGCUUCCAGUAGUUGUCAUUGUGCUCAUUGUGCUCUUAAGCCAUCUGAAAGCUACCCCCAUUGAAAGUCACCAGGUGGAAAAGCGGAAAUGCAACACCGCCACAUGCGCGACUCAACGCCUGGCAAAUUUCUUAAUUCGUUCCAGCAACAAUCUUGGUGCCAUUCUCUCUCCUACCAAUGUGGGAUCCAAUACAUAUGGAAAGAGGAACACAGUUGAGAUUUUAAACAAGGAACCAUUGAAUUACUUACCCCUUUAGAGAUCAAUGUACCUCUAGAAUUAUUCUUGUUUCAUGUAUAAAUAUUCUAAUGAUUUCCUGUGUAUUUAAAAUUAGCAUAAACCUGAGUCUGUAUGCCCCAUGUUUGUUGCCAAUACAUAUAAAUUGUCAUGGUAAGAAUUCUUUUAAAUUUAACACUAAUUAAGAUCCCAUAAUAAAAAGUCAAUGUCUUUAAAAAUG